UUAUCAUAUCUAUUAAUAGACGCUUGGGAUUCCACAUAAUGUGUGUAUACGUGUGAGCAGUAUACAUUUAUUGACUGAAAACUGGAGGAAUAAGUGACACAUAAGGUUUAGGUUCUCAUCGUUCGAAAUGCCGCACGGUGGGAAUGUCCAAUGGCUAGGCACCCUCAUUAAAUUGAAAGAGUCGAUUGAUUCUACUCAAAAACGUAUAGAGAAAUGUCACGAAAUCUAUGAAGGGACGAUUAAGCGCAAAUGGAUGUUUUUUGAUCGGAUGAUGAACCUAUUUGACGAUUCACAAAGAACUCAAAGAUCUCAAAACGUAACAUACCUAUUUCAAGAAACCGACGAUGUCGAAGAUAUUGACGAAGGAUAUAGUGAAAAUAAUCAAGACAGGAGCGUGAACUUACUACCUAUGUUGGAGGAACUUGAUUUGCCAUUUACAGAAAAUGAAAUAUCGAUGGAGGGCAACGUCAAGGGCCAGCAUAGCGAGGCGAAAUAUUGUUCCGAACUUAAACGGGAUAAUAACUCAGGGCAUAUCGGCGAGAAGGAUAUUGCAAGUUAUGUUGAAGGACGAAAAAUAAACGCAGAACCGGUUCCUGCGGAUAAUGAAGGACAAUGUAGCAUCCUUAAGUCCCCUAUGUCUGCAUCAGAAUCGUCACAACUUAGCUCAGUAGAAAAGGUUGAAUUAAAAGGCACUGCAAUUAAGGCCAUGGCUAACGCUGAAAAAGCCACGCAAACGUUAUAUCAAUGGAAUGAGGCCAAGAGAGAAAUGAAACAAAGACGAAAGGACAUGAAAAAACAUAAACGCUCGCAUCUUCAAAAAUCAAAUACGGAACAAUUAAACACUGUUGCGAAUGUUAUUUCAAAGAAGCCCGGUUUUCCUGCGGAUAAUGAAGGACAAUGUAGCAUCCUCAAGUCCCAUAAGUCUGCAUCAGAAUCGUCACAACUUAGCUCAGUAGAAAAGGUUGAAUUAAAAGGCACUGCAAUUAAGGCUAUGGCUAACGCUGAAAAAGUCACGCAAAAGUUAUAUCAAUGGAAUGAGGCCAAGAGAGAAAAGAAACAAAGACGAAAGGAAAUGAAAAAACAAAAACGCUCGCAUCUUCAAAAAUCGAAUACGGAACAAUUAAACACUGUUGAAAAUGUUAUUUCAAAGAAGCACGCUGCAGAUAACCAAACAGGAACUUACACUUUCAUUGCUCCAUAUUUUGCCUCAUCAAUUGAAGUUCUGUCGCAACAAAUGCCUACAGUAAAGGACUUGCUAGCAGAAAGACAAAAACUGUUUACCAUGAAAGAUGUUUAUUGUGUACAACUGAAACUAACCGAAAAUUCCAAUCGAAACGGAUUCGGGGUAUACAACAUGGCUCUAUCGAUUAUUUCCAAUGAAAAGUUGUGGAUUACAAUUCAAGCUCUGCAAGAAUAUAGCAAGCUAAUCCUCCUAGCUCUGCUAGCGGAACGGGUUAAACAGUUACAUCGAACAGAACUUCACCCGGAGCUUAUGUUUUCCAGAGUGGACGUUAUUCAGAAAGCAGUUCUUGCUUCAUUAUUUUCUUUAUGGACGUAUCUGCUUGGUUGCAAGCUGAAAGGAGGAUUAAAUGCAUCUGCAGUUGUUUCAUUUGAAGAUCUUUACAAUGCUUUGGAAGUUGUCAGUUAUCGGUGUAUCGAUUCCGCAAAUAUUUUCCCUGAUACAAUCAGAAUGUUCGUGCACUUUCCGGUGCUGAAUUUCUCUGGUGAAGGUAUAUUGGUAACUGCAAAUGGACAUGAUUUAUUUCAACAGACUGAGCCUCAGAAAAAUAGCACGAAACAGCGUAUGCGCGACAGCGAAUCAUGAAAAUAGAGAUGGCUUUAGUAAAAUGGAGUUUAUCAGGUUGUGAUACCUGAAUGUCUAACUGGCGCAAUGCCAGUAAGAAACUAAGUGUGAAUGCUUUAUUAUUAAAAAUGAUAUGAUUAUUAAACAGUAUUUAUUUUAAAAAGCUCAUUUAAAAUAAGAUAAAGAAGACUAUAUUAACUUUAAACUAAGUAUUUAAACUAAUUAGCUUUCUACGUUAAAACAUCAUUGAUAUACGUAGCGGGAAUAAUGAACUUUUUUUCUAUCCACUUUACGUGCCAUGUCCGAUUUUUCGCAGUUCAAAAGAGAGUACUCAUAAUUGAUGAGUUAUUGUGAUGUGAAAUUAUAAGUGAGACUCGAAAAUCCUAACGAAUUGGAAUAUAUAAACAGGGAUCAUUGUGCGCGACAAAAAGUGCAAUAACGUUAUACUGCCACCCACAUUUUGAAAAACAGUCAAACCUUGUUUGUCCUUUGUCCAAAUCAUCAACUUCAAGAUCUUAGAGUUAUCUAUCGCCCUUAGGAAAAGAUGUUUCAUGAUAGAUCUCGUAUUAUAGUGUUUUUUUGAAAGGAUUUCACAUUAAAUUGUGAAUUUGGCGAUGGUAUUUGUGUUAUUUAGUUUUUGUGAAAUGGUUCUACAUAAUGAAGUGUUUUUCUUCAAAAUGUCCGUGUUUCGUUUUGUUUAAAUGAAGCGUAUGUUAUUGUUGCCUGUUCGGACUGAACGUUGUUUAAUUUUAGAAUAACAAGGGAAUGAUCGGUCUUAAACCUGGUUUGAUGCAACAGUUGUCGAUUAUAUUGCAAAGUGAUUCUGAUAUAAAGAAGGAGUGUAGCCUGCAAAUAUUAUUUGUUUGGUGUUUGCAUGACAUUUACAUUUGCGAUCGGAUGGAUCUAAUGUUCGCCAAUUAUCUAGAAGGAUACAUGUUUUAAUUAUAUCAUUCAACAAUACCUAUUUUUUCAGAUGCGAAUAUGAGUUUCCAUUUUUCUUGUAUUUUAUUGGAUUUAUCGGUAUAGAAGUCUCCGCCAAUCAUUGUAUUCUUAUCUGAAUUAAUAAAGAUAUGCAAUGCUUAGUAAAAUUGUCUUUUAUCUAAGUAAGGGACGUAAACAUUUAUACAUGUUAUUUGUUUUUCGUGUAUUAUAAGGUCAAUGCUACCAGUUAUUAUAUCCGUAAAGUUGCUGACCGUAAUAUUUGAGUUAUUAUUUAUUAGAAUUGUCCUUGAUUGUUUGUUUGAUGUCCACUGACCAUCCCAUUCGUGUUCUUUCAUUUAAUGUUUGAAUGACAGUGGCCGUCUAAUGACUUUCUUGUAGUAGGCUUAUACUAUGUUUUUUUUCUUCUUACCAUUUGAACUUUUUUUAACGUUUUUCUUUGUUGUUUAGCCUCUUUACAUUCAGUGUAUAUAUUUUAAUACUCAUAAAAAUGGGGUUAUAAUAAAUUAUAUGUUAGUA